AUGGCGACUCGACGGAGAAUUGGAGUUGCAGCAAUUCAAAAAAAGCAGGAAACUGCCAAUAAGUUUGCUGCAAAAGGAGAUCAAAUGGCUGGAGAACAACUGGUGCAAUUCUCGCAACAACUGGAUCAGCUUUCUGCUGGACUUGAAAUGUUUGCUCAGAAGCAUCGUGAUGAAAUUAAAAAGAAUUCACAAUUUCGUCGCUAUUUUCAAGAAAUGUGUUCAAGUGUAGGAGUUGACCCAUUAGCUUCGAGCAAAGGAUUUUGGGCGAAAGCUUUGGGAUUCGGUGAUUUCUAUUAUGAACUCGGAAUUCAGAUUGUCGAGAUUUGUCUAUCUACAACUCAUAUUAAUGGGGGUAUCAUGACAGUUGAAGAAAUUCGUAAUCGAUUGAUGAGAACACGUUCCAGAACUCGUAAAGACACAAUCUCGACCGAUGAUAUUCUACGAGCCGUUGACAAGUUGAAAGUACUUGGCAACGGAUUUGAGUUGGUUCCACUAGGCGGUGGUCGUUUUUUGGUGCAAUCUGUUCCUGGGGAAUUGAGCAUGGAUCACUCGAGAGUACUUCAACUUGCCGAAGAUGCCGCUUAUGUUACAAAAGAGUUAAUUAUAGAUAAAUUGAGGUGGGAUGAGCCUCGUGCAACCUCGGCAUUGGAACAUUUAGUGAAAGAAGGUUUAGCAUGGACCGAUGAACAAGCAUCUGAUACGACACAGUAUUGGUUCCCAUCACUUUUCCUUCAGCAAUAUUGUCAUUCAUCCUCGAGCACUUCUGUUUCUGAGUCAUUGCAUAGCAUGAGUUUCAGCAACUAUCAGUGA